UUCUCUCAUCACUGUCAGAAACCAUAAACAUAGAGUCAAGAAAGAGAAAUACGAUCGCAACAUUCAUAUUAGAUGAGAACGUUUAAUAAUAAUAGCACAUUCUUCGUUCGUCUGAUCAGCUGAGCAACACGUUUUCUCUACAUAUCGUUCUUGUAACUGCGCGCUGCUGUCGAUUUAAAUAAUAAAAGUCCGGAAGCGGAAGUGACGUGUGUUCAGGAGCAGUGGCGUGAUUCUGCUCAUUGCAGGGAAGAUGGCUAGCGCUUUUGGACGCGUUUGUUGACGAGUGAUAAACGUGAAUAUUAGACAUCUGUUUAAGCGACUGAGGUGAAGCAGACCGUCUGCAGUCAUGGGCCGGCGCUCCACCUCCUCCACCAAGAGUGGGAAGUUCAUGAAUCCCACCGAUCAGGCCAGGAAGGAGGCGCGCAAGAGAGAGCUGAAGAAGAACAAGAAGCAGAGGAUGAUGGUCCGAGCAGCAGUGCUGAAGAUGAAGGACCCACGUCAGAUCAUCAAAGAUAUGGAGAAACUCGACGAGAUGGAGUUCAAUCCGGUGCAGCAGCCGCUGCUGAAUGAGAAAGUUCUGCGUGACAAACGGAAGAAGCUGCGUGAGACGUUUGAGCGAAUCGUCCGUCUGUACGAGCGAGAGAAUCCAGAGAUGUACAAAGAGCUGCGCAAGCUGGAGGUGGAGUACGAGACCAAGAGAGGACAGCUGUCGCUCUACUUCGACUCUGUCAAGAACGCUGAGUCCGUGGAGGUGGACAGUAUUCCUCUUCCAGACAUGCCUCACGCUCCAUCCAGCAUCCUCAUCCAGGACAUUCCCCUUCCUGGAGCUCAGCCACCCUCCAUCCUGAAGAAGAGCUCCGCACUUGGGAAGGGCUCAGCGCUGUCAGCGGCCGCUCUAGCUGGAGUUCCUCGCCUGCCGCCGGGACGCAAACCCCCGGGACCCCCGCCGGGGCCGGCUCCGCCACAGGUCCUGCAGCUGUACGCUAACACUCGACGCACAGAGGGCGGCGGUUCAGACUCUGAGAUGAUGGACACCGGAGGGAGAGACAGCGACAGCGAUGCAGAUGACGACAGCGACUCGCAGGACGACAGCGGCGCAGAGAGAGACGACGCAGAUGCUGACGCCAGAAUGACAUCAGAUCGCCAUGACGACAGAGACGAGGAUAAACACACAGGUCGCAGCGUGCGAUUCGCUGACAUGCCGCCGCCCAAAGAGAAGAGGACGAGGAGGGUGAUGAAGACGAAGAGCAUCACACCACUGCAGGCCAUGAUGCUCCGGAUGGCAGGUCAGUCUAUCCCGGAGGAGGAUGAUGAGGAGGAGGAGGAGGAUGAUGAAGAGGAGUACACAGACUCUGAGGAGUCGGAUGCUGAGGAUCAGGUCUCCACUGAAGCCACUCAAUCAUUGGUCAAUCCUAGACUUCCUGUUCCGUCUGCACCAAUGGCAGUGCAGCAGCCUCCUCCACACAUGCAGGCUCCACCAAUCACAGGGCCUCCUCCUUUAGGACCGCCUCCUGCUCCCCCAGUGAGGCCGCCGGGACCGCCGUCAGGCCCGCCCCCAGGACCGCCUCCCGGUGCUCCUCCGUUCCUGAGGCCCCCUGGACUCCCCGUGGCCCUCAGGGGCCCCAUACCACGCAUGCUGCCUCCGGGGCCCCCGCCGGGACGCCCGCCCGGACCCCCG